UUGUGAUUAUCAGGCUGUUGGAUUGGAGAAUGAAUUCUGACUAGCCUGCCCUGGCCUGCCAUCACUCUUUGUAGAAUCCAUUUCCUCACGGUUUCUGAAGGUAUAUUCUGGAGAGCAAAACCUGGAAGACUUUGCAGCAAAAACUGAAUUUGCUUAGGGGGCUCUGUGAGCAACAGGUACCUCUGCAGUCAGCAUAAGCAGGAUCAAGGGAUCAGCUGCUAUGGAUUCAGAACUCCUGCUGAAUAUGAAGGAGGAGGUGACCUGCCCCAUCUGCCUGGAACUCCUUAUAGAGCCCCUGAGCCUAGACUGUGGCCACAGCUUCUGCCAAGCCUGCAUCUCUGAAAACCAAAAGAAGUCCACGAUAGACCAAGAAGGGCAAAGCAGUUGUCCUAUGUGCCGAAUCACUUACCAGUUUGAGAAUCUGCGUCCCAAUCGACCUCUAGCCAACAUAGUGGAGAGGCUCAGAGGGAUCACGUUAAACUCAGAAGAGGGACAGAAGGUAGAUCACUGUGAGCACCAUGGAGAGAAAUUACUGCUCUUCUGUGAGGAGGAUGGAGAGGUCAUUUGCUGGCUUUGUGAGCGGUCUCAGAAGCACCGUGGUCACCAGACAUCCCUCCUGGAGGAGGCUGCCCAGGAGUACCAAAUGAGGCUCCAGAGAACUCUCGAAAAGCUGAUGAAGCAACAGCAGGAAGUUGAGCAAAUAGAAGUUGACAUCAGCAAAGAGAGAACUUUCUGGAAGGAUCAAAUACAGUCUGACAGAGAAAACAUCCAGGCACACUUUGGCGAACUGAGAGACCUCCUGGCAUCUGAGGAGAACAAGAAACUGCAAAUUCUUGAUGAAGAGGAAAAAGGUAUUCUCAAUAGUCUAGUUGAGGCUGAGAAUGAGCUGCACCAGCACCAUCAGGUGGUAAGAAUGUUCAUCUCUGAUGUGGAACGUCGAUUGCAGGCCCCAGCAAUAGAGAUGCUGCAGGAUGUGAAUGGCAUGAUAGAAAGGUGUGAAAGCUUGACCUUGAAGAAGCCAAAAACUUUUCCCAAGGAACAAAGGAAAGUAUUUCAAGUGCCUAAACUGAAACGAUUGCUGCAAGUGCUUAAACGAGACAUACGUGUCAGUGCAGAGCUGACAGAAUCCCACUAAGACUUGCAUGAGAAGUCCCACUGUUUCAACCAAUAUUUGCAGCACCUAUGGCUCAAUGGGGUAAGGAUGCUGGGCCUAUAAACCGGAGGUUGCAGUUCAAUCCACUCUUAUUACCUCCAAUGAGCAAUUCAAGUCAUCAUUUCUUCAGAUAAGAGAGAAGUGAGAUCUGGCCAGUAUGCAGGAACCCUGAAAAAUUAAUGAAGGACAAUUAUGGUAUCCUAGGCUCUCCAGAUUUCACAUCAGGGGAAUGUUACUGGGAGUAGAUAUGGCCAAUAAACUUUCUUGGAUCCUGGGUGUAUAUGUUAAACAAGGUUUCCCAUACAAUGAGAA